UCACCGACCAAGAUACACGGUGAACAGGAUACAAAAUCACUUAAAUAUGAGGGAAAUGCGUAACCCGUUUCUAGUCGCAGCGCUAGCGGUUGCAGUUACAGCAAGUUCAGUCCAAGUCGCGGUGGUCAGUCCUGUUGGCACUUCACCUAACACUUACCCCGAUCUAAAAGCCGAAGCGACAGGAGCUUUGGGGACCAAAUACCUGGGUGAUAACUCCGGUGACGAUACGAUCAACCAUGUUCAUUAUCAUUCAGGCAAAGUCGAUCACGUCCACAAACACGACGGUCACUUAGGACAUCAGCACAAGCAUCACGGUGACCUCGGACACGGACACAAGCAUCAUGGAGAACUGGGACACGGACACAAGCAUCAUGGAGAAUUAGGACACGGACAUAAGCAUCACGGUGACUUAGGACAUGGUCAUAAACAUGGCGGUGACUUAGGUCACGGACAUUCUCACGGAGGUAGCGUCGGCCAUGGUCAUAAACAUGGCGGUGACUUAGGUCACGGUCAUUCUCACGGAGGUAGCGUCGGCCAUGGUCAUUCACACGGCGGAAGCGUCGGACACGGACAUUCUCACGGAGGAAGCGUCGGACAUGGACAUUCACACGGAGGAAACCUUGGACAUGGUCAUUCACACGGAGGAAACCUUGGACACGGACAUGCACACCGAGGUAGCGUCGGACACGGACAUUCACACGGAGGAAACUUAGGACAUGGGCAUUCACAUGGUGGAAAUUUGGGACAUGGACAUUCACAUGGAGGAAACUUAGGUCAUGGACAUUCACAUGGCGGAAGUGUCGGCCACGGGCAUUCACACGGAGGAAGCGUCGGCCACGGACACUCUCAUGGAGGUAGUGUUGGACAUGGUCAUUCACACGGAGGGAGUGUCGGACACGGACAUUCACAUGGAGGAAGCGUAGGUCACGGUCACUCUCACGGAGGAAGCGUAGGUCACGGUCACUCUCACGGAGGAAGUGUAGGUCACGGUCAUUCUCACGGAGGAAGCGUAGGUCACGGUCACUCUCACGGAGGAAGCGUAGGUCACGGUCACUCCCAUGGAGGAAGCGUAGGUCACGGACAUUCUCACGGAGGUGAUGUAGCACAUGGUCAUUCCCAUGGCGGUGACUUGGGACACGAUGAAGUCCAUGAAGGCAACAUUGGCCAUGGCCAUACUCACGGCGACGACGACGGAGGAGCUACAGGCGGCGGCGGUCUUGGAGGUGGUCUCGGAAGUGGACUUGGAGGUGGUUUCGGCGGUGGGCACAGUAGUGGUCUCGGAAGCUUCGGGGGACACAGUGGUUUCAGUAGUCUUGGUGGUUUGGGUGGCCACAGUGGUUUCAGUGGUCUCGGAGGUUACGGCGGCCACGGUAAAUCCGCAGGUCUCGCAUCUGCCGUUUCCUACACGGUGCAUCACGCAGCUAAAAAGUCAGACGACGUACCCCUGGCGCCUAAAUCAUCCAAUUCGGUCAGUUAUCAACUAUUUGACCAUGGAUUUUAAGAGAAAAAUUUUCAGCACCACUUAACCUAUGUAGUGCAUUUGUUAUCAAUAUUGCUAAUAGUUCACAUCGUUGUGAUUUUAAACCAAAGUGUUUCAUUUUCUAGUAUAUUUCACACU